AUGCAGCAGCAGCAGGUCUGCGAGCCGAAUCAGGUGCUGCAGCUGCUUCUGAGGGCUCUCAGCCAUGAUCAGGCGAUGCAGAAGCAAGCGGAGCAGGCUCUCCACUCGCUGGAGUCGCAGCCGGGCUACGUCUCGUGUUUGGCGGCGAUUGUCGCCAAUGGCGAGGCCAACCACAGCGCACGUUGGAUGGCCUCUGUCCAGCUCAAGAACACAGUCAGCAAGCAGUGGCGCCCGCGCUACGACAGCAGGGGGGUGUCUCAAGAGGAGAAGGCGUACAUGCGGCAGCACAUCCUCGACCUCAUCAGCCAAGACGACAGCAAGAUCGCGGUCCAAGUGGCGCUGGUGGUGGCGAAGAUCGCGCGCAGCGACUACCCUCGGGAGUGGCCCACCCUGGUGUCUGACCUGCUGGGGCGCGUCCAUGGCGGCAGCACACUCACGGUGCGCCGCGUCUACUUCGUGAUGCAUCACGUCCUUAAGGAGCUCUCCUCAAAGCGGCUCGCGGCGGAUCAGCGCAACUUUGCAGAGGCAAGCGCGGCGCAAGCGGCGGCUGCGCUGGCCGCCUCAUGCUCGGGGCACAGAUCGAGUUUUGCUCGCAUCACAGCCCAGCUUCUGGACCACGUCUGGGGCCAGUGGUGCUCAGACCUCAACACCAUUGUCUCGGGCCUCCCCUCCGCCCUGGCCGCGCCGUCCGGCGCCGCCGCGCAGCCGCUGCUGCUGCACUUCGAGCGCUGGCUGCUGCUGCUGAAGAUCCUGCGCCGCCUGAUCGUCUUCGGGUUCCAGUCCGACGCCAGAACACUGGAGCCGGUGCCCGCGGUCAGCACGUGCGCGCCGGCACUGCUGCAGGCGGCGGGGGCGCUGGCGGCGGCGCGGCCCGAGCGGGCGGCGCAGAGCAGGGUGGUUGCUAUGGUUGAUAGGGGGGUGCUCAAGCUGGUCAAGACGCUGUGUCAGAUCCAGGAGGCGCACCCCUG